CAAUUUUGGCGAAGCUCAGCUGAAAGGCUAGGGUUUCUCUCUCUGUCGCCGUUGUCGUAUCUUGCUUCGUGAUCUCAAAUCCUUGGGAAGAGAUUUACAGGCUAGGAGUUUUGUAUCCAGUUGUCAAUUAUCUUCAGAGUAAUUCUUCUCUUGUUGUUUGUAAACCCUAAAUCUUGGGAUUUUGUGGCUUUCGCUUGCUUGUCUCUGUCUACCAUUGUCGUUCGCCUCGUCUUCUCCUUCUUCAUUGGUCUUCGAACCCUAGCAUUGGAUUGUUUAGUUGAUUUCAAAAAGUUCAGCAAAAAUGAGGAUUAUGAUAAAGGGAGGCGUGUGGAAGAACACGGAGGAUGAGAUCCUCAAAGCGGCGGUGAUGAAAUAUGGGAAGAACCAGUGGGCUCGGAUCUCAUCUCUUCUUGUUCGCAAGUCGGCCAAGCAGUGCAAAGCUCGCUGGUACGAGUGGCUCGAUCCUUCAAUAAAAAAGACUGAAUGGACCAGAGAAGAAGAUGAGAAGCUUCUUCAUCUUGCAAAGCUUAUGCCCACUCAGUGGAGAACUAUUGCUCCUAUUGUUGGUCGUACACCGUCUCAGUGUCUCGAGCGCUAUGAGAAGCUCCUUGAUGCAGCAUGUGCAAAGGAUGAGAAUUAUGAAGCAUCAGAUGAUCCACGAAAAUUACGACCAGGUGAGAUUGAUCCGAAUCCAGAGUCAAAACCUGCACGUCCGGAUCCUGUCGAUAUGGACGAAGAUGAAAAGGAAAUGCUUUCUGAAGCAAGAGCUCGACUGGCCAACACCAGGGGGAAGAAGGCUAAAAGAAAAGCAAGGGAAAAGCAACUUGAGGAAGCACGGAGACUGGCUUCUCUGCAAAAGAGACGAGAAUUAAAGGCGGCUGGAAUUGAUAUAAGGCAAAGGAAACGGAAAAGAAAGGGAAUUGACUAUAAUACUGAAAUUCCUUUUGAGAAGAGGGCACCUCCUGGAUUUUACGAUACUGCUCAUGAAGAUAGACCUGCUGACCAAGUAAAGUUCCCCACCACCAUUGAAGAUCUUGAAGGAAAAAGAAGAGCUGAUGUGGAAGCUCAAUUACGUAAACAAGAUAUUGCAAGGAAUAAAAUUGCUCAGAGACAGGACGCUCCAGCAGCUAUAUUGCAAGCUAACAAGCUGAAUGACCCAGAGGCUGUUAGGAAGAGAUCAAAGCUGAUGUUGCCGCCACCACAGAUUUCAGACCAUGAACUAGAGGAGAUUGCAAAGAUGGGUUACACCAGUGAGCUUCUUGCCGAGAAUGAGGAGCUGACAGAAGGUAGUGCUGCAACUCGUGCCCUUCUGGCAAAUUACUCACAAACUCCAAGGCAAGGAAUGACGCCUAUGAGAACGCCUCAAAGAACUCCUGCUGGCAAAGGUGAUGCUAUCAUGAUGGAAGCAGAAAAUCUGGCUAGGCUAAGAGAAUCUCAGACGCCUUUGCUAGGAGGAGAGAACCCUGAGUUGCAUCCUUCUGACUUUUCUGGGGUCACUCCGAGGAAGAAGGAGAUUCAAACGCCUAAUCCAAUGUUGACUCCUUCCAUGACUCCCGGUGGUGCUGGUCUUACACCUAGAAUUGGCAUGACACCAUCAAGGGAUGGCUCGUCUUUUGCUAUGACACCUAAAGGAACUCCAUUCAGAGAUGAACUUCACAUAAAUGAAGACAUGGAUAUACUCGAAAAUGCAAAACUUGAGCGGCAAAGACGUGAAGAAGCGAGAAGGAGCUUGCGGUCUGGCUUGAGUGAUCUUCCACAGCCGAAGAAUGAGUACCAGAUUGUUGCACAACCUCCUCCAGAUGAUACCGAAGAGCAAGAAGAAAAGAUUGAGGAAGAUAUGUCAGACAGGAUAGCUCGGGAGAAGGCUGAGGAGGAAGGGAGACAUCAGGCAUUGCUUAGGAAAAGGUCCAAAGUUUUGCAGAGGGAUCUUCCGAGACCUCCUGCUGCUUCAUUGGAGCUAAUUAGGAAUUCAUUGCUUUCUUCCGAUGGAGACAAAAGUUCCUUUGUUCCCCCUACUAUGAUUGAACAAGCUGAUGAAAUGAUAAAAACGGAACUUCUACAGUUACUUGAGCAUGAUAAUGCGAAGUAUCCUCUCGAUGAGAAAGCGGAGAAAAAGAAAGGUGUCAAACGUCGUGGCAAUGGUUCAGUUUCUCAUGUUCCUGCCAUACAAGAUUUUGAGGAAGAUGACCUGAAGGAGUCUGACAGUAUGAUAAAGGAGGCGGCUCAGUUUCUUCGCGUGGCAAUGGGUCAUGAGAAUGAGUCCCUCGAUGAUUUCGUGGAAGCUCACAACACAUGCCUGAGUGAUCUUAUGUACUUCCCCACUCGAAACGCUUACGGACUAUCCAGUGUUGCUGGGCACGCUGAAAAGGUCGCAGCUUUGCAAAUCGAGAUGGAUAACAUAAGGAAAAAGAUAGAGGAAGAUGAGAAGAAGGCAGAACACUUUAAGGCAAAGUGUAAAACCUAUACAAAAGGAUAUGAGAUAAGGGCUGAGAACUUGUGGACCCAAAUCCAGUCGACAUUGAAGCAAAUAGACACUGCUGGAACCGAGCUUGAGUGCUUCAAGGCCUUGCAGAGGCAAGAACAACUAGCUGCAGUGUUCAGGAAAAAUAAUCUACGGGACGAGGUGAAGAUGCAAAAGGAGCUCGAGCGAACUCUUCAAGCACGGUACGGAAAUCUGUUGUCAAAGUUAGAAAAAGGGCAGCAACUAAUGGUCGAGUUCCAGUCAGAAGCCUCGAAACAGCAAGAAACACAAUCAAACCAUGCCACUGAGAUCACGACAGUGGGUUCAGAGGAAAAGAGUUUAGAUGCAAAAGAAAACGGAGAACGUGAAAAUAAUACGAUGGCAGGAACUGAUCACGACGGGGAAGGCAAUGCCAUGGAAACUUCUGGUUGAAACCUCUCGAACAAGACCCAGGGAAUCUAUCUACGACCAAGAAUCUCGUCUCUUGUCGCGUUUUGGCUGGAUGAAAGGCUCGGAAAGAUUAAGAAGGCAUGAAAGUUCGAUGGAUUUGUUGAAAACUAGAUGGGACAUUGCUCAAGAACGAUUUCUUCCAAAAAAGUGGGGUUUGGAUGAAAAGGAAACCACGCCAUUGUCUCUGGUGAAUGUAUCUACUGAGUUUGUCGUGAUGAAGUUUUGUAGUCGCAGACGUCAUUUACUCUGUUUCAUACGGUGAAUCCUCGUAUGGAAGUUGUACUCUUGAAAGAGUUUUCCACCCUUCAGGAGAUUUAAAAGUAAAAAAAAAAAUUGCAAUGCUUUGUCCUCCUAGAUUUUAGUUAUAAAUGUAUUUUUAAAAAAAUUUA